UUCAUCAAUAAUUCACCUCUGAGAAGCUGACCUUCCUCUUCAUGAGACAGCUGACCUGAGACCAGCCCGUGAGGCUGCUGCCUUCAGUCUCCUCACAGUCUGCAGACCGACUGCACGCAGGUCCAACAACCGCUGAUGCUUAGUCUCCAGUGGACAUAGUAUGGACGAUAGCCAUGGCGCACUGUAGUCUGCGGUCGCCCUCCUCGCCUACUGAUGACAACAUCAACCUGGGACCUUCUGCAAACCCACAUGCUCAACCCACUGACUUUGACUUUCUGGCUGUCAUUGGCAAAGGGACCUUUGGAAAGGUGCUGCUUGCAAAACUCAAAGCUGACAACAAAUUCUACGCUGUGAAAGUUCUGCAGAAGAAAGUCAUCUUGAAAAAAAAAGAGCAAAAGAACAUCAUGGCAGAGAGGAACGUGCUGCUGAAGAGUCUCAAACACCCAUUUUUGGUUCGGCUCCACUACUCCUUUCAGACACCAGAGAAGCUUUACUUUGUCCUCGACUACGUAAACGGAGGCGAGCUGUUCUUCCACCUUCAAAAGGAGAGGAGUUUUUCAGAACCCAGAGCGAGGUUCUACGCUGCAGAGGUAGCGAGUGCCAUCGGCUACCUUCACUCACUCAACAUCGUUUACAGAGAUCUGAAGCCAGAAAAUAUUCUCUUAGACUCACAGGGCCAUGUGGUACUGACAGACUUUGGGCUGUGUAAGGAGGGUGUAAAACCGGAGGCAACCACCUCAACUUUCUGUGGGACUCCUGAAUACUUAGCACCAGAGGUUCUUCGUAAGGAACCAUAUGACCGGACAGUGGACUGGUGGUGUCUGGGAGCAGUACUCUACGAGAUGGUCUACAGUCUGCCUCCAUUCUACAGCCGAGACGUUGGUGAAAUGUACGAUGGUAUCCUCCACAAGCCGCUGCUGCUGCCUCCUGGGAAAUCCUGCGCCAUCUGCUCUCUGCUGAUUGGUCUUCUGCAGAAGGACCAGCACAGACGGCUCGGAGCCAUCGCUGAUUUUUUGGAAAUAAAGAACCACGUCUUUUUCUCUCCAAUCAACUGGGACGAUCUUUAUCACAAGAGAAUCACUCCCCCCUACAACCCUAAUGUGCGAGGCCCAGCGGACACCCAGCACAUCGACCCAGAGUUCACCAGAGAGAUGGUUCCCAACUCGGUGGGUCGGACGCCCGAAUUCACCGCCAGCGCCAGCUGCAGCAACGCCUUCAACGGAUUCUCCUACGCCGGCAAUGAUGACAGCUUUCUGUGAAGCAGGAUGUUCCUGUCAAAAAAAAUAUGUAAAAAUAGGCCCAGGAAAAUGAGCACGGUGGAGGAUUCAUCUGACCCGCAGAGCGGGCACGAGGCACGCCCGAAGAGCCGUACGUCUAAAGUACAGAAAAGAUCUCCCACAUAGUACAGCAGAGCUUUUAACGCAAUAUAUUUUAGCAGGUCGACACUUUGACACAUCUUAAGCACACACGAGGCUCAUCACAACGACACACAAAUCAUCUUUAUUUCAUUGAUUUGCAGCACAAUGAAGAUGAUGAUUUGCACAACACACACAACGUUGUGCUUUGUGCAUCCAAGCAUCGCAGUGAAUCAAAGUUUCCAUAUUUUGAAGAUUAAAGUUAAAACUGAAAAUCAUAGUUUUGCUCAGAAUCAUAAUCAAUCUGGAAUCUACAACAUGAUAAAAACACCAGCAGCCCUUCGCUUUGAGUAAAGGUGGAAAUAACACAACAAUCAUGAAUUCUCCUCGACCUCAUUCUAAAUUAGCCGUUAGACUAAUACAUGAAAAUGUACAUAAAAUGUACUUUUUGUACAAUUUCGCCCCUAUUAAGCUGUGAGUAACACAUGCAUGUUUCCUAAUGUGACUGUUAUUACUGAUGUAUUAACAUGUAAGCACCGUUUUGUUAUAUUCAGUUCAUGUGGAAUCUCUUUUUAAAGCUUUAUAUACUCAUCAUAUAAUAGUCAGAUUUAUAAAAUUGUAUGAGAGUAAUAAGUGCAAUAUUUCUCACUGAAGUGUAUUGAAGUAAAAAUAUAAAGUAAAAAAUAAUUCAUAUUCAUCACAAAAUUAUAUUUAUGAACAGGAGUAAAUAUUCUUUUCAAGAAACAGGAAAAAAAUGUUCUUUAAUAUUCAACAGUUAAUUGUUAAUUGAUAUACACCACAAUGCUAACAAAUAUACAGCAUACCAUUUCAAUUUUAAUAAAUAAUAUUUUGUCUAUAGAAUUUUUUCCAAAAGAUUUUUUCAAUAAAUUGCUGGAAUAAGCUUCAGUACCUUCUCCCGAUACCUUGUGAAAAUGCAGGUACAAACUGUUUUUGUCUACUUUUGUAUGUUAUCAAUGAGAUUGCAAUCAGCCAAAAUUCAUUUCUGUGACGUCCGCAGUCAUCGCUCUAUGAGUCCCACAUUAAACUUGAAUUUUUUUCCUGGAAAGUACAACUAAAUGGAUGUUAGAAUCAGUCAAAGUUUAAUCUUCAUAAAGAGGAAGAGAAAACCUUUGACCAAAGAAUCAUGCAGUAAACAUCACUGAGGAUUAAUCUUAUCUACAGGAUCCACGUCUGUGGCAAUAAUAUUCAUUUGUUUUGAAGGCGUCACUCAGCAGCACCUUAUGGCUACUUUUGCUCUGCAACACUUUUACUGUCUAAUUUUUUUAUUUUUUAUUUUUAGACAGUUCUCUUGUCCAUUUGUGGAUCGUUUUAGCCUGAACUGUUACAGGCAGCGACGAUUACUUAGUCUGAAACAGGUGACAUCAUUAUGAAAACACUGCAUCUGUAAAUAUAGCAGCAGGUUCACAGAAACGUGAUGAUGUCAGUUUGAAACAUGUCUGUAAAAGUUGAUGACUGUUGGUGUUUAUGAUCAGCUCCAAACAGUUUGUUAGUUAUUGUCAUUUUAUUUUAUUUUUCUUACCUCUUUUGUAAACAUUGAACACGUUGUGCAUCAUCUCCAGAUCAUAAACACGGCACACUGCCAGCGUGAUUAAAGGUGCAAUCUCCAGUUAUUAAUUUGAUUGACAGGUUAUUCAAUACGAACAAAAUCUAAGGUGUUGAUAUUUUGUCUGAUAAAUAUUUAAUCCUUCUACCAGUUAGAUUAUGUUUUUUCCUUCAGUUAUCUCUGUUAUGGUUAUUUAAAAAUGAAUUAAUUGAUAAUUGUGAGAUUUGGUGUAAAUUUUGGUUUAACAGGGUGAGAAAUUUACAAAUUUACAACAAACCAACAUGGAAAAAAAUACCUCACAGACAGUGAGAGGAUGAAUCCUGAAAAAAAAAA